UUAGUUAUAUUACAUGUUCAAGGACUGCCUGUGUUAGCCAAGCGAGCAUCCCCCUGCCAUAGGUUUCAGAAAAAUUGUCUACGUCCCCUUUGUUGGGCGCACCCCACCGUUUGAGAACCACUGCUCUAGAAUCUUCUCACCAAUUAGUACUGUUCAAUAAGUCAAAAACUAAUACUGAUUAUGUGUAUAUUAAUAGGCCUAUAUUGGUAUAGGUUUUAGAUUCAGAAUUUAUAAUACCUGGAAAAGCUUAUAGUACAAUGUCAGAUAAUAUAGGUGAUGAUUUAUAUAUUAUAUUUAUUUUUAUUCAUUUUAUAAUCAUAACAAGACUUCAAAAUGAAUACUUAGGUGUUGGGCCAUGUAGAACAAACUAUCAAAGCACAAACACCAUUUUAACUUGUGAAAAUCAAAUUUGGUUUUUUUGAUAUGGUAUGGACUUGUGUACAGCAUGUACAACACAUUAUAAAUGUUGAAAAUCACUUGAAAAUUGGGUGAGACGAACAAGGCCUGCAAAUUUGAAUUCUGAAAAUGUUGAUCAAUUUUUUUCUACCAUUUUUUGAAGUUUCAGUUAUAUUUUUAGGGACGUCAAGGAUUCAACUCAAUUCCUUCGAUGAGGAGGGGCACAGAAGGAUCAGGAGAGAGAUACAAAUCUUUGCGGAUCAAAUUGAUCCACAAACAUUUCUAGAAUUUGCUCGGCUGUUUUUGGAGAUUCCUGACAGAAUCAUUGACAAAAUUUUGCGGCAAAAUAUUACCAAGGAGGAUUUAUAUCGAAUGUUGAGAGAAUCAUAUGAUACAAAUAGCGAAUGGUUCAUAGCAAUAGUUAGAAAAUAUAGACCAAGAAUCAAAUCUGAUACAUAUCUGAAAAUAGAUCGAUGUAUCAGACAGGAUAGGAAUGAGAUUCCAGAAAAUCUUCUUGUCGAAGUUAUAUAUAAGCUCAUCAAAGCGAUUCCAAUAAAGGAGAGGCGUAACUUCGCGGAAAACGAAAUUGGAAUCCGCAAUCAGGAGCACAGAAACAUACAGGAUGUGCAGAUUACCAGUGAUCUGAAACUGCAUUUCCUGGAAUGGUGGUGGGAAAACAUAGGGCAACGGGAACAAAAUGCCAUAGCUGAGCUGAGAAACAGGGCAAAUGAUGGUGGCUACCUGAUGCAGCAAAGUCAUGUUCUCAUUCAGGAGCAGUACUUUGAAUAACGCAAUGCCAACCAAUAAAAACUUUUCACAACUUGAACGCUUUUCUACCAAUUGUGAAAUAGAAUUUAAAAUUUGUUGUUGUGUACUGUGUAGUAUUAUCUUAACUAUUUUCGAAAUAAGUUGUUAUUGCCAGUGAAUUUCUAUUGAUAUUCUGUGUAUUGUUUCUUAGUAAAUUAAUCACAACCAACGGGAUUUUUUUCUGAAUUUCAAUGAGUAAUGAUUUGUUGUUUUGUAAUGUGUAGUAUUAUCUUAACUAUUUUCGAAAUAAGUUGUUAUUGCCAGUGAAUUUCUAUUGAUAUUCUGUGUAUUGUUUCUUAGUAAAUUAAUCACAACCAACGGGAUUUUUUUAUGAAUUUCAAUGAGUAAUAAUUUGUUGUUGUGUACUGUGUAGUAUUAUCUUAACUAUUUUCGAAAUAAGUUGUUAUUGCCAGUGAAUUUCUAUUGAUAUUCUGUGUAUUGUUUCUUAGUAAAUUAAUCACAACCAACGUGAUUUUUUUAUGAAUUUCAAUUAGUAAUGACUAAUGAUCAGCCAUAAUAAUAAAUUCUCAUUUUUACUUUUAAAAUAGCCCAACAAUGGCUUUACCAUUUCUAGCGAGGGCAUGCAUGCGGCUUUCCCACCAUUUAUUAUAAUAUAACUUUUAUGAAUUGUGUAAGCCUGCAACCUAACUCUUUGAAUAACUUUAAACAUUUAAAUACUGUGCCUUGAACAACAAUCUCCAAUAUUUCACUGUUUUGUUUUUCAUAGGGCAAGUCUUUUUAAUCCGGUUUAUGUUGUGAUGUUGUGAUUUGAUAUAAUUUCUAAUUUAAACAGUAUAUAUUUGAAAAUUCUUAUUAUUUCUCGUAACUAGUGGUUCAUUUUUCACCCAAAUUAUUUAGUAUCAAAUACCCUCGACCUUGCAUAUAAGCUGAGUUAGAAAAAAAAAAGUUGCCAAACUAAGGUCGGCUUAUACCAGUUAACUCUGAGUAUGAUCCCACUAAUAAUAAUAGUAAGUAUGAAUUUAAGGGAUUCCAAGACACUUCUUACCCCCAUUAGUAAAAUUAAAACAUAAUAUUAAUGGUUAUCAUUUUUAUUGAUUCCCUUCUGUCACCAUUUGCGGUGAUAGAUGCGUUCGUAGGGCCAGCCUUUAUGCAAAGAUAUACGGUAGUUACCCAGUAUCAAAUAUUAUUAUAGCAAGUACAAUUAUGCGUAAAUGUAUUCUUGAUCUGCGAUUUGCUAACUUGUUGUAGCGUUUAUAUUCUUCAAAAA